GAAUUUAAUAGAUCAGCGAAGAUAAAUCAAUACACCGACGAAUAUAAACUUCGAGUAGUCAGCGGAUACCUACAAGGAGCCGCAGGACAAUGGUUUUCCGAAACACAGGGAGAACGAAACCCUAUACUGCACUGGAACGAGAGAGAGCAAAUGAAGGUACAAAAGUUGGGCGAAACUGUGGAGCAAUACGCUAACGACGUAAAGAAGUUGAUAAAGAGAAUCGAUGGUGAAAACAGAUGGAGUAACGAUGAAAAGGUUUGGCAUUUCCUGAAGGGAUUAAGAAAGGAUAUUGCCUACCAAGCUCGUCCAUUGAUCCUAUCACGAGAGAACUCUACGUUGGAAUCCGCAGUCAGGAUUGCGAAACAGUUCGAAGAGAACGUACAGACAUUCCCUGAGGCAGCUGGGUAUGGUGUCUCUUCGUUUGCGAAUAUUCCGUUUACACCCGUCCAUAACAAAACUGGUGAUAAAGAAGAGGCAAUGGAACGAGUGAGCGACAAGCCAGCAAAUACAUUUCACGGACGACCUAAUUAUUUCCUUGACGAUAGAGAACGAAACAUGAGAAAUCGAAGUAGUAAUGUUAGUAAUUCGCCCCGCUGUUACGCCUGUGGACAAACAGGGCAUAUGGCUCAAGGAUGUUCCACAAGAAUAGACUAUCAACGAAAUGCCACCGACUUUUGGGAGCAAGAGCAAAAUAAACCAGAGAGACCACAGGUUGACGCUGCGACAAGACAAACCCCGCUCCAAACUUUCCAAAGUGGCGGAACAGGAAAGACAGACGUAGCGGCAGGAGGAGACGUUGAGAUCAAAGGAGUACAAGGAAAUAGUGAAGGAACCUUAACAGAAGAAAAAGAAGAAAGCGCUUCCAGUCCAACAACCAUCCAUAGGCAACUGAUGGGAUUGCCGCUGUAUCAUAACGAAGUACGAAAGGCCCUUGUUCCACGACGAGCGAAGGUUACGAAAACGGCUAAUCACACCAAAGUGGAAGGGAACACCCCAAUGAUAUGUAAGGCUCAAGUAGCAGGUUGGAAGGUCGAUAUUAUACUUGAUAGCGGCUCUUCUAUUAGCAUUAUUUCAGAGAACUUUAUGAAGUCAUUAGGAAGGAAGAUUAAUAAGUCUUCUGAUAAGAAGAUAAUCAGCAUCCAUGGCGAAAGACGCUCCAGUAUGGGAGUCGUAACUCAAGUACAAGUUAAGCUAGGAAGCGUAACCGUGGCAACGGAUAUGGAAGUCAUAAGCGCAACCGGAUACGCUUUAGUCCUUGGUACCAACUGGCUAAGAAAAGCGAAUACGAUUAUUAACUAUCAGGAAUGUAAGUUAACAUUGAAGAAUGACGAAAACACCGUAGAAAUUCCUUGUAGAAAUACGAAUACAAUAAUAUUGGAAAAUGAUGACGAUACCGAUAGUGGAAAAAUGGAUACGGAGGAAGAUGAAGAGAAAGCAAACUUUGUAGGUUUAACCUAUAACUUACCGCGACAAGAAGUUAAUGUAACUCUUGAAGGAAUACGAACGAAUUUGGAAUACAUAACAUGGGAGAUCUAUGACUAUCUUACAUACUGUCUCGAUGUUAUCAGAAGGAAGAGACAUAAGCAAGAACAGCGAAAGGCCGCGGGACUGAAUACUUAUUGCUGGUGCGAUAAAUAUCUCAAAACUAAGGAAGAUAAGUGUAAAGAAUGCGGAGAGCGAUUACAAAGUUGGGAAGCCGUUUCGAUG